AUGGCCACUGGCUCGGACAAAGCUAUUCCCACUCCGGGCGAUGCCAAGUUCAAUCAAAUGUUCAAUUCACAUCAAUUCAAUGAUCAAGUCGCAGCCAAUUUGACGACAUCACAUGCCAUCCCCUGCCGAAGCACCCAUCCAUCCUCACCCACCCACCCAUCCACGGCUUACGGCAAAGGGCAUAGGGCAUCCGUCCACCUCUGCCCAACGACCCAGGAGCUUGCCUGCCCAUCCCGCCAUGCUCCGUCGUCGGCGAUGUGGAGACAGUCCCUGAACAAUGUCGACCCCGUCGCGGGCUCGGCCGGUGCCGCCGCUGUGUGCGCCCUCGUGUCGCAGCACCUGCACUCGAGGCAAGCUGAGCUCAGCUCCGAGCUGAUCUGCUGGGCCGCGCUGCCUUUCAUCUUCGCCUUUGCAAAGCAGUCCGGGCUCGCCGCCAGCGGCACUCGCGCGACGCUGUCUGGCAGCUUCCGGCCCCAGGCCACGACGACAUCCCUGGGGUCGGUAUGGAUCGUGGCCCUGUGCGUCGUUCUUGUCAGCGUCUAUAGGCAGGAGAUCGGCGCUAUCGCCUCCUUGCCCGCCUUGGUGCCGCUCCUGCUCAUGGCCGAGAAGCGUUUCCGGUCCGUCGCGCAGUUUUCCCGCAUGCUCGAUUCCUGGUCGCCGUCGCCCUUGGUGCAGAGCGUCGGCGCAUCGGCCGUCAUCGGCCUGCUCGCCAGCCUCACCCUGGCCGAGUGGUGCCUUCGGCCGCUCUUCUACUCGGCCGCUCCCGCUGCCGCUCUCUACAUCCUCUACGCUGCCCUCAUCCCCAGGGAUCCGGAUUUGCCCUCCCUCUUUCCGCAUCUCGACCUCGAAGAUGCCGUCAUCCCCCUCUCCGCACACACCGUCGUCAUCUCGAUCGCCGCCAUGAUUCUGCGCACCAUCGUGCUCGGCUUCCCCAGCAGUGGCGUCAUGUCUACACUAUUCCUAGGCCUUGCCAAGGCCCUUUCUUGGUACUUUACCACCCAGACGACCCGCUACACUUCAUGGACCAUUGCUGCCGCUGUGUCCACAUACGCCUUGUUCUCAUCUGCCGAUCUGGCGCUGUUGCCUUCGGAUGGACAAGCGUUGACUUUCUCCAUCAUCUCCUUUCUCUCACUCAGCCAAGUGAUCCAUAUGCUGCCUAGACAGUCCAAAGCAAGGGUCUUUUUGUGGCUUCUAUGUCUGGCGUCACUAAUACCAUAUCUGUCGAACCUGUCUGCCAUUCGUCACGCCCGCACUUCGGCGCCUACAAAUUUUGGCACCCAUGCGCACCCCGUCGAUGCCUUGAUCCAGCGAGCCAGAGCAGACUUCGGUGCCGUUCUGCGCAACCAGUCCACGUCCCUCUCAGCCGCCCAGGAUGAAUACCGGCGACGCUAUCGCAGGGAUCCCCCGCCGGGCUUUGAUGCCUGGUACGACUUCGCAGUGGCGCACCAGUCGCCCAUCAUCGACGAAUUCGACACCAUUCACCACUCUAUUUCACCCUUUCUGCGAUCCCUGAGUGGUGCCGAGUUCCGCGACACCAUAAACGAUGCCUACGACUUUGUUGGCAGCGAGCUGUGGCUCUGCUCCUUCUCGGGCAAGAGUGCCAAGACCGAAUGUGGCCACUCCUACCGGACUUUUGACAGGCACAUCAGCCUCUUGGUCAACAAACUCUUUGGGGACCUGCCAGGAGCGAUACCGGAUGUCAAGUUUCUAUUCAACCACCUCGACGAACCCAGGGUGCUGCUUCCGGCCAAAAUCGGAAAGGUGUAUGGCAAGAGGCAAUUCAGGAUCACCGACCUGACUCACCAAUCCAAUUUCGACACGCUCACUCGAUUCUGUGCCUCGCACAAGAAAGACAAGCCGUCCCGCAAAGGAUACCAGGUCGAGCCCUUCGGCCUCCCGUUCGUGACGGACCGCGACGCGGCGAUGGAUCUCUGUCAGCACCCCGAGUAUGCGAACAUGCAUGGACUCUUCAUGAGCCCCUCGUCCUUACCCCUGAUUGAAGGCCUCGUGCCUGUCCUGUCAACGGGAGCCCCUUCGACCAUGGGCGAUAUCCUGUUCCCCACUCCGGCCUACAUGGAGUCUGAGUUCCUGUUUGACGAGUCCCGCGACGUCGACUGGGACUCCAAGAACAACAUCGUAUACUGGGCUGGCUCAACCACUGGCGGCUUCGCCGACAAGCCCGGUCAAUGGCGGUUCUUCCAAAGACAGCGGUUUGUCGAAUUUGUGCAAAAGCUCAAGGGGCGCACGUACAUGUACCUACGGGGGCAGGGCGGCGCCAUCAAGAGCGUGGCCUCGUCGUUCCUCAAUGGCCGACUAUAUGAUGUUGCCUUUACGAGGUUCCUGCACUGUGACAGGAAGUAUUGCCACGAGCAGAGCCUGUACUUUCGCACCAAGUCCUGGGCGGAUAAGGACGCGCCGCUGAAAUCAAAGCUCGUCUUUGAUCUGGACGGCAACGGCAUCAGCGGGCGCUACUACAAGCUGGUCGCGUCCAAGUCGGCGCCGUUGAAGCAGACGCUGCUUCGGGAGUGGCACGACGACCGCCUCAUCCCCUGGGUGCACUUCAUCCCGGUCAGCCAGAGCAUGGAGGAGCUGCCCGAGCUGGUCUUCUAUCUGACGUCGACAGACGCCGGGCAGAAACAGGCCAAGGAGAUAGCCGAUCAGGGAAGGGAGUGGUACAGAAAGGCAUUCCGCGAGAUCGACAUGACCAUCUACACCUAUCGGCUGCUGCUGGAGCUGGCGAGACUGCAGGAUCCGAUGAGGGAAGCCGACCUGUAA